AUGAGGCGAGCGCUGGACAUCUUGGCCAUUGCGCUUGAGGAAUCGGAAGACGAGGACCGUAGCUCGGAAGAUGAGGACCCCAAUUUGCAGGUCUUCCCGCGAGACGUGGCUUCCGAGCUCGGCUGCUUGACGGACCGUCCCUGGGACGGCCGCACCCCGGCUGGCUGCCACCGUGAUUUGAUGGCGGCAGCAUCUCACAUGCUUUGA